AUGUUUGAAAAAGUUUUGGAAUAUUAUAAUUCAGCUAUUCAGAUUAACCCUGAAAAUGCUGAAUAUUAUAAUGGCAAAGGUAAAAUAGAAAUUAAAUGUUUACAUAGCUAUAACUUUAAAACAAAUGAAUCGAUAUGAAGAGGCAUUGGAAAAUUACAAUCUAGCAAUUCAGAAAAACCCUGAAAAUGCUGAAUAUUAUAAUGGCAAAGGUAAAAUUGAAAUUGAAUGUUUACAUAGCAAUAACAUUAAGACAAAUGAAGAGAUAUGAAGAAGCAUUGAUAUCUUAUAAUUCAGCUAUACAAUUAAACCCUCAAAGUUCAACUUAUUAGUAUCAUAAAGGUAUUAAAAUAAUUGCAAACUAAUAGCUGAUAUUUUAGAGAAACUGAAUAGAUUUGAAGAAUCAUUGGAAUAUUAUAAUUCAGCUCUUCAGAAAAACCCUGAAAAUGCUGAUUAUUAUAAUGGCAAAGGUAAAAUAAAAAUUGAAUGUUUACAUAGCUAUAACUUUAAAACAAAUGGAUCGAUAUGAAGAGGCAUUGGAAAAUUACAAUCUAGCAAUACAGAAAAACCCUGAAAAUGCUGAAUAUUAUAAUGGCAAAGGUAAAAUAGAAAUUGAAUGUUUACAUAGCAAUAACAUUAAGACAAAUGAAGAGAUAUGAAGAAGCAUUGAUAUCUUAUAAUUCAGCUAUACAAUUAAACCCUCAAAGUUCAACUUAUUAGUAUCAUAAAGGUAUUAAAAUAAUUGCAAACUAAUAGCUGAUAUUUUAGAGAAACUGAAUAGAUUUGAAGAAUCAUUGGAAUAUUAUAAUUCAGCUCUUCAGAAAAACCCUGAAAAUGCUGAUUAUUAUAAUGGCAAAGGUAAAAUAAAAAUUGAAUGUUUACAUAGCUAUAACUUUAAAACAAAUGGAUCGAUAUGAAGAGGCAUUGGAAAAUUACAAUCUAGCAAUACAGAAAAACCCUGAAAAUGCUGAAUAUUAUAAUGGCAAAGGUAAAAUAGAAAUUGAAUGUUUACAUAGCAAUAACAUUAAGACAAAUGAAGAGAUAUGAAGAAGCAUUGAUAUCUUAUAAUUCAGCUAUACAAUUAAACCCUCAAAGUUCAACUUAUUAGUAUCAUAAAGGUAUUAAAAUAAUUGCAAACUAAUAGCUGAUAUUUUAGAGAAACUGAAUAGAUUUGAAGAAUCAUUGGAAUAUUAUAAUUCAGCUCUUCAGAAAAACCCUGAAAAUGCUGAUUAUUAUAAUGGCAAAGGUAAAAUAAAAAUUAAAUGUUUACAUAGCUAUAACUUUAAAACAAAUGGAUCGAUAUGAAGAGGCAUUGGAAAAUUACAAUCUAGCAAUACAGAAAAACCCUGAAAAUGCUGAAUAUUAUAAUGGCAAAGGUAAAAUAGAAAUUGAAUGUUUACAUAGCAAUAACAUUAAGACAAAUGAAGAGAUAUGAAGAAGCAUUGAUAUCUUAUAAUUCAGCUAUACAAUUAAACCCUCAAAGUUCAACUUAUUAGUAUCAUAAAGGUAUUAAAAUAAUUGCAAACUAAUAGCUGAUAUUUUAGAGAAACUGAAUAGAUUUGAAGAAUCAUUGGAAUAUUAUAAUUCAGCUCUUCAGAAAAACCCUGAAAAUGCUGAUUAUUAUAAUGGCAAAGGUAAAAUAAAAAUUAAAUGUUUACAUAGCUAUAACUUUAAAACAAAUGGAUCGAUAUGAAGAGGCAUUGGAAAAUUACAAUCUAGCAAUACAGAAAAACCCUGAAAAUGCUGAAUAUUAUAAUGGCAAAGGUAAAAUAGAAAUUGAAUGUUUACAUAGCAAUAACAUUAAGACAAAUGAAGAGAUAUGAAGAAGCAUUGAUAUCUUAUAAUUCAGCUAUACAAUUAAACCCUCAAAGUUCAACUUAUUAGUAUCAUAAAGGUAUUAAAAUAAUUGCAAACUAAUAGCUGAUAUUUUAGAGAAACUGAAUAGAUUUGAUGAAUCAUUGGAAUAUUAUAAAUCAGCUAUUCAGAAAAACCCUGAAAAUGCUGAAUAUUAUAAUGGCAAAGGUAAAAUAGAAUUUGAAUGUUUAUAUAGCAAUAACUUUAAAUCAAAUGAAUAGAUAUGAAGAGGCAUUGGAAAAUUACAAUCUAGCAAUUCAGAAAAACCCUGAGAAUGCUGAAUAUUAUAAUGGCAAAGGUAAAAUAGAAAUUGAAUGUUAAUCAAGCAAUAACUUUAAAAAUAUUAAAGAGAUAUUCAGAAACAUUGUCUAUUUAUGAUUCAUCUAUUUAGAAAAACCCAAAAGAAGCAAAAUUUUAUUUUUAAAAAGGUAUAUAUAUAUGCAUAAAUUCAUUUUAGCUAAUACAUUAAACUAAAUGAAUAGAUAUGAAGAAGCAUUACUAUAUUAUGAUCUAGCUAUUUAAAGAAACUCAAAAGAUUCUUAAUAUUACAUAUGCAAAGGUCUAAAUAAAACUCUAUACUAAUAGCAAAUACUUUAUAUGAUAUGAAUAGAUAUCAUAAAGCUUAGGAAUAAUAUGAAUUAGCAAUCCAGAUUAACCCAGAAGAUGCAGAUAUUUAUUUAUGCAAAGGCAAUAUACAUAAAUUUUUAAAUUAAUAGCAAAUAACUUAUAUAAUAUGAAUAGAUAUGAAGAAGCUUUGGAAUAAUAUGACUUAGCCAUUUAGAAAAACUCUGAAGAUGCAGAUUAUUAUAAAUGCAAAGGUUGAAAUUAAUUUCUAAACUUGAUAGCGAAUAAUUUACAUAAAAUGUUUCGAUUUAAAGAAGCAUUGGAAUCUUACGAUUUAGCUAUUUAGAAAAAUCCAGAUGAUGCAGAAUUUUAUUAUGAAAAAGGUAUGGCUUUUUAUUUAGCUAUAAUAUUAGCAAAUACUUUAGAUGAAAUGAAUAGAUUAGAAGAAGCAUUGGAUAAUUAUGAUUUAGCCAUUUAGAAAAACCCAGAAUAAGCAGAUUAUUUCAAAUGUAAAGGUACCAAUAGUAAUAAUUAUUAUAGCUAUCAUUUUAGAUAAAAUGAAGAGAUUUUAAGAAGCAUUAGAUUAUUAUGAUUUAGCUAUUAAGAAAGAUCCAGAUGAUGCAGAAUUUUAUUAUGAAAAAGGUAUGGCUUUUUAUUUAGCUAUAAUAUUAGCAAAUACUUUAGAUGAAAUGAAUAGAUUAGAAGAAGCAUUGGAUAAUUAUGAUUUAGCCAUUUAGAAAAACCCAGAAUAAGCAGAUUAUUUCAAAUGUAAAGGUACCAAUAGUAAUAAUUAUUAUAGCUAUCAUUUUAGAUAAAAUGAAGAGAUUUUAAGAAGCAUUAGAUUAUUAUGAUUUAGCUAUUAAGAAAGAUCCAGAUGAUGCAGAAUUUUAUUAUGAAAAAGGUAUGGCUUUUUAUUUAGCUAUAAUAUUAGCAAAUACUUUAGAUGAAAUGAAUAGAUUAGAAGAAGCAUUGGAUAAUUAUGAUUUAGCCAUUUAGAAAAACCCAGAAUAAGCAGAUUAUUUCAAAUGUAAAGGUACCAAUAGUAAUAAUUAUUAUAGCUAUCAUUUUAGAUAAAAUGAAGAGAUUUUAAGAAGCAUUAGAUUAUUAUGAUUUAGCUAUUAAGAAAGAUCCAGAUGAUGCAGAAUUUUAUUAUGAAAAAGGUAUGGCUUUUUAUUUAGCUAUAAUAUUAGCAAAUACUUUAGAUGAAAUGAAUAGAUUAGAAGAAGCAUUGGAUAAUUAUGAUUUAGCCAUUUAGAAAAACCCAGAAUAAGCAGAUUAUUUCAAAUGUAAAGGUACCAAUAGUAAUAAUUAUUAUAGCUAUCAUUUUAGAUAAAAUGAAGAGAUUUUAAGAAGCAUUAGAUUAUUAUGAUUUAGCUAUUAAGAAAGAUCCAGAUGAUGCAGAAUUUUAUUAUGAAAAAGGUAUGGCUUUUUAUUUAGCUAUAAUAUUAGCAAAUACUUUAGAUGAAAUGAAUAGAUUAGAAGAAGCAUUGGAUAAUUAUGAUUUAGCCAUUUAGAAAAACCCAGAAUAAGCAGAUUAUUUCAAAUGUAAAGGUACCAAUAGUAAUAAUUAUUAUAGCUAUCAUUUUAGAUAAAAUGAAGAGAUUUUAAGAAGCAUUAGAUUAUUAUGAUUUAGCUAUUAAGAAAGAUCCAGAUGAUGCAGAAUUUUAUUAUGAAAAAGGUAUGGCUUUUUAUUUAGCUAUAAUAUUAGCAAAUACUUUAGAUGAAAUGAAUAGAUUAGAAGAAGCAUUGGAUAAUUAUGAUUUAGCCAUUUAGAAAAACCCAGAAUAAGCAGAUUAUUUCAAAUGUAAAGGUACCAAUAGUAAUAAUUAUUAUAGCUAUCAUUUUAGAUAAAAUGAAGAGAUUUUAAGAAGCAUUAGAUUAUUAUGAUUUAGCUAUUAAGAAAGAUCCAGAUGAUGCAGAAUUUUAUUAUGAAAAAGGUAUGGCUUUUUAUUUAGCUAUAAUAUUAGCAAAUACUUUAGAUGAAAUGAAUAGAUUAGAAGAAGCAUUGGAUAAUUAUGAUUUAGCCAUUUAGAAAAACCCAGAAUAAGCAGAUUAUUUCAAAUGUAAAGGUACCAAUAGUAAUAAUUAUUAUAGCUAUCAUUUUAGAUAAAAUGAAGAGAUUUUAAGAAGCAUUAGAUUAUUAUGAUUUAGCUAUUAAGAAAGAUCCAGAUGAUGCAGAAUUUUAUUAUGAAAAAGGUAUGGCUUUUUAUUUAGCUAUAAUAUUAGCAAAUACUUUAGAUGAAAUGAAUAGAUUAGAAGAAGCAUUGGAUAAUUAUGAUUUAGCCAUUUAGAAAAACCCAGAAUAAGCAGAUUAUUUCAAAUGUAAAGGUACCAAUAGUAAUAAUUAUUAUAGCUAUCAUUUUAGAUAAAAUGAAGAGAUUUUAAGAAGCAUUAGAUUAUUAUGAUUUAGCUAUUAAGAAAGAUCCAGAUGAUGCAGAAUUUUAUUAUGAAAAAGGUAUGGCUUUUUAUUUAGCUAUAAUAUUAGCAAAUACUUUAGAUGAAAUGAAUAGAUUAGAAGAAGCAUUGGAUAAUUAUGAUUUAGCCAUUUAGAAAAACCCAGAAUAAGCAGAUUAUUUCAAAUGUAAAGGUACCAAUAGUAAUAAUUAUUAUAGCUAUCAUUUUAGAUAAAAUGAAGAGAUUUUAAGAAGCAUUAGAUUAUUAUGAUUUAGCUAUUAAGAAAGAUCCAGAUGAUGCAGAAUUUUAUUAUGAAAAAGGUAUGGCUUUUUAUUUAGCUAUAAUAUUAGCAAAUACUUUAGAUGAAAUGAAUAGAUUAGAAGAAGCAUUGGAUAAUUAUGAUUUAGCCAUUUAGAAAAACCCAGAAUAAGCAGAUUAUUUCAAAUGUAAAGGUACCAAUAGUAAUAAUUAUUAUAGCUAUCAUUUUAGAUAAAAUGAAGAGAUUUUAAGAAGCAUUAGAUUAUUAUGAUUUAGCUAUUAAGAAAGAUCCAGAUGAUGCAGAAUUUUAUUAUGAAAAAGGUAUGGCUUUUUAUUUAGCUAUAAUAUUAGCAAAUACUUUAGAUGAAAUGAAUAGAUUAGAAGAAGCAUUGGAUAAUUAUGAUUUAGCCAUUUAGAAAAACCCAGAAUAAGCAGAUUAUUUCAAAUGUAAAGGUACCAAUAGUAAUAAUUAUUAUAGCUAUCAUUUUAGAUAAAAUGAAGAGAUUUUAAGAAGCAUUAGAUUAUUAUGAUUUAGCUAUUAAGAAAGAUCCAGAUGAUGCAGAAUUUUAUUAUGAAAAAGGUAUGGCUUUUUAUUUAGCUAUAAUAUUAGCAAAUACUUUAGAUGAAAUGAAUAGAUUAGAAGAAGCAUUGGAUAAUUAUGAUUUAGCCAUUUAGAAAAACCCAGAAUAAGCAGAUUAUUUCAAAUGUAAAGGUACCAAUAGUAAUAAUUAUUAUAGCUAUCAUUUUAGAUAAAAUGAAGAGAUUUUAAGAAGCAUUAGAUUAUUAUGAUUUAGCUAUUAAGAAAGAUCCAGAUGAUGCAGAAUUUUAUUAUGAAAAAGGUAUGGCUUUUUAUUUAGCUAUAAUAUUAGCAAAUACUUUAGAUGAAAUGAAUAGAUUAGAAGAAGCAUUGGAUAAUUAUGAUUUAGCCAUUUAGAAAAACCCAGAAUAAGCAGAUUAUUUCAAAUGUAAAGGUACCAAUAGUAAUAAUUAUUAUAGCUAUCAUUUUAGAUAAAAUGAAGAGAUUUUAAGAAGCAUUAGAUUAUUAUGAUUUAGCUAUUAAGAAAGAUCCAGAUGAUGCAGAAUUUUAUUAUGAAAAAGGUAUGGCUUUUUAUUUAGCUAUAAUAUUAGCAAAUACUUUAGAUGAAAUGAAUAGAUUAGAAGAAGCAUUGGAUAAUUAUGAUUUAGCCAUUUAGAAAAACCCAGAAUAAGCAGAUUAUUUCAAAUGUAAAGGUACCAAUAGUAAUUCAUAAUUGUUAUAGCUAUCAUUUUAGAUAAAAUGAAGAGAUUUUAAGAAGCAUUAGACUAUUAUGAUUUAGCUAUUAAGAUAAAUCCAGAUGAUGCAGAAUAUUUCAAAUUGGAGGGUAAAAAUUCAAAUUUACAAUUUUUAUAGCUAUUACCUUAGAGAAUUUGAAUAGAUAUUAAGAAGCGUUGGAUAAUUAUGAGUUAGCCAUUUAGAAAAACCCAGAAUAAGCAGAUUAUUUCAAAUGUAAAGGUAUCCAUAGUAAUCUAUAAUUGUUAUAGCUAUCGCGUUAGAUAAAAUGAAGAGAUUUCAAGAAGCAUUAGACUAUUAUGAUUUAGCUCUUAAGAUAAAUCCAGAUGACGCAGACUAUAUUAAAUCCAAAGGUAAAAAUUCAAAUCUACAAUUUUUAUAGCUAUUACUUUAGAGAAUUUGAAUAGAUAUUAAGAAGUGUUGGAUAAUUAUGAGUUAGCCAUUUAGAAAAACCCAGAAAAAGGAGAUCAUUUCAGAUGUAAAAGUAAAUUAAAUAAAAUUGUUUACAUAGCAAUAACUAAAUUUCAGAAAUCAUAUAAUAUUAAAAAAAUGAAUAGCUAAUAAGAAGAUUUGGAUAGAAAUACAUUUCUUCAAUAUCAAUCAUCAAUAAAAAAUAUGUACAAUCAAAUGGCUUCAUCAAAUCCAAAGAUUAUAAAUAGCCUUAAAAAAUCUGCCAAAAGUAGAAUAUAUCACACUCAUAUAAUAGGAAAGAUUGUAAAAAAAAUGAAUAGAUAUUUAAGAAGCAUUGGAAAAUUAAGAUAUUCAUUCCAUAAAAUAAUUUGA